UUCCGAGGCUACUCGUUCACAGCCCCCUAAGCCUUUAGUCCUCUUCUCAUCCCUCACAAAAUAAUAAUAAAUAAAUAAAAUCCCGUCUCCUUUAACACUCAGUCUCCGGCUGGCCUAGCCUACACCGGCGGUGAAUCUUUCCUCUCUAACCCUCACAUAAUCAGAGUCCCAGAAACCUUUCCUCAGGCAGGUCACAUUAAAAUGGGUCCUGAUUUGGACAUAAAAAACCAAACCGAUUGCUGCAAUGGAAGUUUUGGCUAAUAAAGAGAAUAAGAGUGCGCCUCAAGAUCCACAAGAUAAUAAGUUCAUACAAUGUGUGAGGAGUUUCCAGGACAAAAGCUUUCAUGCAGAAGAAGCUUUACAUGGUGAUGGAGCUAAGGCAGCUGCAGCCAGAAGUGAGGAUGUGGAGGUUAAUAUAAUUAACUGUACCAUUGUCAGUGACAAUGAGCUAAAUGAAGCUAGAUGUGUCGAUGCUGCGACCGAGAGCAUUAGUUCUUUUGGGGACACGGAAUCUAAGAAUAAGAAUGGUUCUUCUGGGUUAAGUGAUACUGAUGUUGAGUCACAGUUAUUUGUUGGAGGUGGACAGAUGUCUGUAUUUGAUGGAUAUGGUGGCUCAUUUAAAAUGAGGAGGAAAAAGUUGACAGACCAUUGGAAGAGAUUUAUUCAUCCUCUCAUGUGGAGAUUUAAGUGGGUAGAAUUGAAAAUUAAGGAAUUGCAGUCCCAAGCCCUUAAGUAUGACAGAAAAAUUGCAGAAGAUGAACAGAGAAAACUGUUUGAUCUUGAAACAUUUAUGGAAGGAGGUUUUAAUGUGAAGUCACUGCCUUUUUCUACUUGUAUGACUAGAAAGAAAGCAAUGAAGAGAAAGAAAAGAAAGAGAUUUGAAGAGACUGAGGAUGUCGCAUCACAUAUGUUACAACAUAACCUUUUCUCCUAUUAUGAAAAUAAGAGGUCUGCUACUGAUGGUUGCAGUAACCCAGCCAAGACAGCAAAUGACAAUGAUGAGUUUGGGACUCAAGAUGGAUUGACGUCUAUUCAGUCCAGAGAUAGCAUCAAUGAACAUAUCCUUAGACAGAUUGUGCUAAAAUCACAAGUCCAUAAGUUGAAGUCCCGGGCAGACAAAACGGCUAGUGAAAAUCCUGUGAAAUUUUGUUCUGUCAAUAAUUUGAGCUUACUUGCACCAUCUAAUGCAUUGACCAGUUCUGAACAAAAUCCUGCUUCAGUUCCAAAAAUAGGAGAUAGAUUGCUACAUACACAAACUCAGCAUAUGUCUGGGUGCAACAUGGGGGAUCUUAUACCUGAAACUGCAAUUUCAAGUCAUGGAGAGGCCACCUCUCAAUCUGAAAUGAUUGAGAACACUGGCCAACCUCAUGGUGGGGUUUCAUGUGGAAAUGCUGAGGAAGGAAUUCUGAUAUGUAAUGCUGCAGUGAAAGAGUUCAAUCUGCACAAGCAUCUUGCAUUGAUACUUUUUGGAGAGGAGGGAAGUGAAAGGGAAUUUACUUUCUCUGAAGAAAUAAAUUUCAACCGCAAAGAGCUUCGAAAAGGAAAAGCAGGGUAUUGAGGGCUCUAUCAGCAAUCGCACCACCUGUACCGGCUCCUCCCUGUACCAAACAACAUUUUCAAGCCAGCUAAAAGAUUUUACAUUUCCUUUUCUAACUAUGACUUCCAAACUCAACAAGAUAUUCCCGUCAUUUUUUAUCUGUAUUUUCUGUUCUACACCACUGGAUCUGUUCUUGUUCAAGUUUGCAAAAUGGUACAAUUUGCUGGUGUUUUCCUUGUGACCUCCUAUUUACUUUCGAGUCUAUCCUAUUUUAUUCUUUCCUCGUCUUUUUGUUUCUCGGAUUCUGAUGAAGGUACGCGCAUAUGUGCUUGAGUUUAAGAUUGUCAAUAAUCAUGAGCUAAAUUGUUUACUGGUAGCGCUGUCCAUGCCUUCGACACAGAUGACAAAGUAAUGUGAUGGGAACACUCUAUAAGCAAUUUGUGGACAAAAAUGCCAAGGCAUUCGAUGAGUUCCAUGGUGCUAUUCUUGAUAUCAUCAAGUAAGAAUACAAUUAUUGCAAUCCUUCAUGAUGUGUAACAAUUUUUUUUAUUUUUCAUAUUUUUGCAGGCAAAAGUGUUAUCCUGCUGGGAACAUUCAUUGAAAACUAGUUUUGGAGUAAAUAAAUAUACACCCGCUUAUCUGGGGUUUUACCCUCUUGCAUUUCUA